AUGACUAGAAAAAGAGCAAUUGCCAGCAUAAUCAAUGAUGAAAAGCAAGUGAAUCAUUCCUCUGACAUAUAUACUCAUAAAAGAUCAAAAUUGUGUUAUUAUUGUAGUAAAUGUAAUGGUAAUUUAGUAGAUUUGCAUACAAAAGAGCUACAUGAUCUGAAAGAUCAAAAAUCAGGCAGUAAUUCUUCUAAUGAAUCGACAAUGAUAAAUAUGAUUCAAGAAAAUAAAGUUGAAUUUGAAACAGCUAUCAUCUAUGAAUCACUUAUAUCAGAUUCUUUACAUCAAUUCGGUCAAAUUCAGCGAAAUGUAUAA